UGAUGAUGUCAUGCAAGAUACGAUGUCUCACGAGGAUGAUGGACUUUCUUCAUUACGUGGGGUGGGGCGUUUAUUGUAUCAAAAGGCUAGCCCACAUCAAGCCAUGACGUGUAAUAAAUACCCUAGGGUUUGUCGGACGAAAGGGAGUCAAGGACCGGAUUGUUGCAAGAAGAAGUGUGUGAAUACGGACACGGAUAAACUCAAUUGCGGAAUGUGUGGGAAGAAGUGCAAGUACCCGGAGAUUUGUUGCAAUGGGAAGUGCGUGAAUCCUUUGAAUGACCGAAAUAAUUGUGGUGGAUGCAAGAAGAAGUGCAAGAAAGGGUUAAAAUGUGGCUAUGGAAUGUGCAACUAUGCAUAGAUUUGAUUCUUUGGGUUUCAUAUUCUUUUGCAUAGAUUCAUAUUGUGUUGAUAGCUUGGAGAUUAAUUUGUUGAGAUUUUAAGUAGGAAUGGGUUGAUUAAUUAUGUGCAUGGGGGAUAAUAAGCUAGGCAAGAUCUCCUCCUUGUGAAGGAUGACACUGCCA